AUGGAUAAUCGGGAUUUUUGGCGAAACCUCAAUGCAGCAAAAUUGCCUGAAUUCAAUCCCGCAUUUAUUUCAUCGUCACCAUCAUUAUCAACAUCUCGAUAUUCUUCUUUACUCGUUUGGUUACUUAAAAAAUUUCAGUCAUUUUAUCGCUAUUUUUAUGUACAUUUGCAUGAUCUGAUAGCAUCGUCUUUGUUUGGUUAUUUAACAUUAAAUGAAAAAUUAUAUGUUGCUAUUCAUCAAAAUAAUUUCAAUAAAACUCGAGAAUUAUUAUCUCGUGGCGCCUUACCAACCUUUUUACCGACUAACCAUAAAUCAAUGCUUUCACAUCUAACAAAAUCGAAUGCUGCGAUCCCGACGUAUCAUAUCGAUACAAGUCUUGCUGCUUCUAUAGCUGCGCAUGACAGUAUGUUAUAUAUGGCCGUAGCGAAUAAUAAUUUUAAUCUAGUCAGAGAAUUAAUUGAUUAUCAUGACUAUGGACAAGACGAACAACAUACAGAAGUUGUUUCAUUGUGUUUAGCAGUGAAACGUGACUAUUUGAAUAUAGUUGGAUAUCUUAUUGAUCAUGGUCAUAUUAAUCCAAAUGAUCGCGUGCAAUCUAAUUGCAAGCAUUGUAAGACUUAUUCAAAUGAUACUCAAAAUUAUCAGUUUCCUCUCUAUCAUGCUUGCCGUGAAAAUCGUUUAAAACUUGUAAAAUAUUUAAUUGAAUCAAAAAAUUGUGACACAUACCAAUUGACGACAACCUAUGAAACAUGUUUACACGGAGCUAUAUUAGGUGCUACUGAAAAUCGUUAUGAUGCAUCCAGUAAUCAUGAACAACGUUAUCAUAUUGUUAAAUAUCUUUUAGCAAUACGUGAUUUUAAUAUUAAUAUCGGUCUCAAUCCAUUGUGUGUUAGUCUGGCUCAUGAUAAUAUCUAUGAUUAUGCUAGUUUGUUACUGCAACACAAUUGUGAUGUUAACCGGCUUGGCUGGAGUGUUCAGGAAACAACAAGAACAAAUCCUGGACGUAAUCAUUAUUCACCAGAUUCUCUUGAUCAUCCAUUAAACAUUUGUUUUGGCCAUUUAUGUGAAGGAAAGACGGCAAAACCGGCCGUUAAUCUUUCAUCUCAAAAACAAUACGCAAUAAAAUUAUUAAAUAGAAAUUCAAAUCUAUACGCAAUGUAUGAUUAUAGUUUAGCAUAUCCUUUUUUACGUGCUGUUAAAACCGGUGAUGAAAUACUUGUUAAAAUAGUACUCGAAACAACGAGUUCUCAAAUAAAUUUGGAUAUUAUUGAACCUCUCAUUAGUGCUUGUGAAAGUUCCUAUUAUAUGAUUGUUAAACUUCUUGUUGAUUUCGGUUUUAAUCCAAAUACAGUAAUGACUGAACGAACUAGUACCACAUCGAAUGAUUUCGAUAUAAUUUCAGCCGGUGCAUCAAGUUUCUUACAAAAUCUCAAUCGUUAUUGUACAAUGUCGUUGCAAUCAUUAACAAGAACUCCGUAUUCAUUAGAUACACAACAGAAUGAUCAUUUACAUUUAUAUAUAGAUUCUACACAAGCCAAAACACCACUUUUAGCCUUAUCAGUUUUGUCUCCAUGGAUAUUUCAUCCGGAGAAAUAUUACGCAACAAUAAAAACAAUAGAAAAUCUUUUUUCUCUUACUCCAAUUGAUUUUUCAAUUCUUCCAAAUCGACUUGCCUUCUAUCAUGCAUUAGUAAAAGAACAUUUGCCAAUUGUUUAUUUUUGUUUAGAAAAUUUUUGUCCAGUAGUUCUUCUUCACAACACUAUCAAAUUUACAUAUAUUGACACGAGAAAUAAUUUUUCUCUUACAUUAUUUGAUAUAAUUUCUCUUUGUUGCCGUUUAACAUCAAACAAUCGAACAAAACGUAUUCUACUUGAUGCAUUUGCAAAAGGAAUACUACGCAUUGACACUCUUCACUAUUCUCAACUGACGGCGACUAUCAUAACCUAUAUACAAUUAUGGCUUCGCAAUGAUGAUUUUAUUUAUGAUCCGGUGUUACUUGAACAUUUGACUUCAUUACCCUAUUUUGAUGAGAUAAUACGUACGGCCGAUUCAAAUUACUUAGAGGCAUCAUUUGGCAUAUAUUAUCAACGUAUGAUUGAGGGAAAAUCAAGAUCAGUGUAUCAAUUAAAGCAUUUAUGUCGUUUAAAAAUUCGUCGUUGUGCUGAAAUUUAUUGUGAACGUAAACAAACAAAUAUGUUAAAAAUACUGCCGCAUUUGAGUUGCUUGCCAAAAACUUUGCACGGUUAUUUAUUUUACACAACAAUGAUAUUUAAAUUAAGUUCAUUUAGAAAUCAGUCAUUAAUCAAUCAUUUAUUAAAUAAAGAGCCAUGGAGUCAAAUACAGUGGAUGUAA